AUAUUCGUGUUGUUUACGUCUGAUCUAAUUCGCCAUAUUCAGUCGACUUUCCUGACAAUUUUCCACAAGAAUCAUCGCAAGUCUACAUUAAAUUGGUUGGGAGGGUCAGACAACACAAUCGGAAGUAUCUUCAAGCGGAAUCUGUGCGAGGGAGUCAGAGAAAUUGAGAUGGGUUGGCUAACUCGAUUUCUGGCAGCGGUGGCGUUCUUGGCCGUCGGCGUUAUAUUUUCGCCGGAGACCUUUGGAUCGAAAUCGGAUGGUCAGAAAUCAUCGCAUCUAUCAACCUACCUGAAACUGGCUCAUCUGCUCAGCUUCUCCACGGCUUUUGGUGCCGCUCUCUGGGUCACCUUCAUCGGUGGUAUCAUCAUGUUCAGGAAUCUACCGAGGCAUCAGUUUGGUAAUCUCCAAAGCAAGAUGUUUCCUGCAUAUUUCUUAUUGGUGGGGGCUUGUGCAGCAAUAUCAGUGGCCUCAUUUGGUUAUUUGCACCCAUGGAAGUCUGCAUCAACGGCAGAGAAAUACCAGCUCGGAUUCCUGCUGUCUUCAUUUGCUUUUAAUCUCACCAAUUUAUUCAUCUUUACACCCAUGACCAUUGAGAUGAUGAAGCAAAGGCACAAGGUAGAGAGAGAACAGAAUAUUGGAGAUGAAGUUGGGUGGUCAAAGAACAGGGAAGCUGCAAAGGUUAAUCCAAAACUUGCUGCCAUGAACAAGAAAUUUGGUAUGAUACAUGGGUUAUCAUCCCUUGCUAACAUUAUGUCCUUUGGAAGCCUUGCCAUGCACUCGUGGUACUUAGCUGGUAAGAUGAAUCUGUAAUUUAAACCGUUGAUGGGAAGUUUGCGUCAUUACCACAUUUAAGAUCGAUACUAAGAAAGGUCAUGCUUGUUUCUCAUCGAUAAGUUGUUAUCUUGGCCAAUUUAUGUACGACUGAACAAUAUGUCAAGAUAAAGAAGUUAGUUUUCUCGUCCGGUAUGAAAUAAAAAUCUGAGAUAAGCAUACACCUUCUCCUUCAUACUUGAGGAGAGUUCUUGUGUUUUCCUUGC